UUCCAUUUCCCGCUAAAUUGAGUACUCUACCAUAGCACCAUUUCCUUCCUCCGCCGUUUCCUUCUCCAGUAUUUCGAUUUCUCAUUUUUCUCCGAUGGCGCCUUCUCAGAAAAUGACGGAAUACGAGCGUAAGAGGCUGGAAAACAUCAAGCGCAACGAGGAAAUGCUCGCCGCCUUCAAAGUUCAUUCCCACCUCUCAGAUCUCUCUGCUGCAACUGCCGCCGCCAAAUGUCCCAGGGUGCAGAAAAAGUCAUUUAAAUUGAGUCCAAUGAAGAAACCAAAAAAUGAGGCGCCCACUGUGCUUCGUCGUUCUCUAAGAACUCUGGGAAUGCCUCCAGAUGCCUCUACAGCUGGUGGCCUGGGACAUGAUUUUGUUGAAUCCAAAAUUGGGAACAAACAUGAGCAAGAAGAUUCACUGUCGAAAUUGCUUAGUGAGGCUGUACCUAUCACUAUGAAAGAUGCCUAUCAGGGUGUUUCUACAGGCUCAAAUGAACAAUUAAUUGAAAACAUUAAGAGUUUGUCGAGAAAACCUAAAUUGGAUGAGAAGGGUAAUCAAGAUCCUAACUUUUGUGAUCUUGAGAAGAUGACAAGGCCUUCAUGUUCAGUAGAUAUUGACUCAUUGAGAUUGGAACCGGAAAAUAUUGCUCGGGUUGUGCCAGGAAGAAUACUUAGUGUGAAGUUUUUCCCAACAACAGAGAUGAGAAUGGUUGUCGUAGGAAGCAAGUUCGGAAAUAUAGGUUUUUGGAAUGCCGAUGCAAAAGUGGAUGGAGAGGGAAUUUAUGUUUACCAACCUCAUUCUGGUCCAGUAUCAGGGAUAGUGAUUGAACCAUUUACAAAGUCAAAGAUGAUUACAUCUUGUUAUGAUGGGUUUAUCAAGUUGAUGGACAUUGAGAAGGAGUUAUUUGAUUCCAUAUAUUCAAGCGACUACCCUAUAUAUGCUAUAUGUCAAAGUCCAGGCAAUAUGAAUUCAAUAUAUUACACGGAAGGGAGAGGUGAUCUUGGAAUAUGGGAUUUGAGAGCUGGAAAGUCAUCAUCAUCCUGGAAUUUACAUGGAGAGAGGAUCAACUCUAUAGAUUUUAACUCCGAGAAUACUAAUAAUAUGGCUACAAGCUCUACUGACAAAACUGUCUGUAUCUGGGAUAUGAGAAAUGCUGGCUCCAAGAAACUAAAACCAUUGAGAACUAUUCACCAUAAAAAAUCUGUGCAUUCUGCUUACUUUUCACGAUCUGGCCGACUUCUUGCGUCAACAAGUUUUGAUGACAAAAUAGGCUUGUCAAGUGGAGCUAAUUAUGAAGAUGUAUAUAUGAUUCAUCACGAUAAUCAAACAGGCAGAUGGAUUUCCUCAUUCAGAGGUAUAUGGGGCUGGGAUGAUUCCUAUAUAUUCAUUGGAAACAUGCGAAGGGGACUCGACGUCGUUUCAACAGGAGAAAAACAAAUUCUUACGACAUUACGGAAUAAGCAUAUGUCUGCUAUACAGUGCCGCUUUGAUGCACACCCCUACAACGUUGGGAUGCUUGCAGGCGCUACUAGUGGGGGUCAGGUGUAUCUUUGGACAUCUUAGCUAGCACAACAUUGCAUGCUUCUCAGUUCUCAUCUUGAGAUUUGCUUGAAAUGAUUGUCUUACCAAACUACUGCCGAGCUGCUAAAAUUUCAUGUUUUAUAGAAUAGCUGUAAUGCUGUAAUAUUAUGUAUCACUAGAUAUCCUUAAACUGGUCUCAAGACUAUCAAAUUUUACCUUUGGUUGUAAUCAUUAGUACGUGGAACCAAAAUCUAGUGGAAUUGGUUUACAUUGCACAUAGCUCGGGUGGACUCAGUUCCAGUUUCACACCAGUACUAGGCGUAUAAAAACCAAAUUGGACACCCAAUUUUCAGUUAUGGAUGGGAACUCGUAGGCUCGUAGCCAGUACUGAUUUGAUUAGUUUCGCGUUCUCAAAAUUAUGGCUUUACCCGAUGGGUUC